GUGAGUUAAACGCUUGUUAGCAGUUGUGACGGCCAUACCAAGUACUAUAUAUAUAUAAUCACCAACUGCCACUGGAGACAUCGUCUUUCGGAAUUCCACUACUGUCCAUUUCUACGAGGAGAUUUUACCCUGUUCAAUCGCUGCCCAGUGCAAGCUAGGCUGAUUCGACGAGCAGAUUCUAACUUAUUAAUAUAAGACAGAAUGGCUGUUGAGUUGAUGUGUUACGAAUCGAACCGAAUUCCUCGGGCAUAUGAAGACCCGGUCCUUAUAAAAGAUGACCGAGUGCUUCAUAAUUUGUUGACAACCGAGGAUAGAUAUCUGCCUACUCCCUCUUACUUCAGUUGUGUGCAAACGGACAUAAAACCUUACAUGAGGCGGAUGGUAGCGCAGUGGAUGCUAGAGGUAUGUGAAGAGCAAAGGUGCGAAGAGGAGGUGUUUCCAUUAUCCAUGAAUUAUUUAGACAGAUUUCUUUCACUUCGAGAUGUACAUAGGAGCAGACUACAGUUACUGGGAGCAUCUUGCAUGUUCUUGGCAUCCAAGUUAAAACAGACAUUGCCUCUGACAGCCGAGAAGUUGGUCAUAUAUACCGACAAUUCAAUUCAUCCAAGAGAAUUAAUGGAAAUGGAAUCGGUACUUCUGAAUAAAUUGAAAUGGGACUUAUCGGCUGUCACGCCUCACGAUUUUCUCGGACAAAUUUUACACAGACUUCCGUUCGACAAGCACAAGAAAGAAGCAAUGAAGAGACAUGCACAGACAUUUAUAGCCCUUUGUUGUACCGACCACACCUUCAUGAUGUACACUCCGUCUAUGAUUGCGGCCGGUAGCGUGGGGGCGGCGGCGCAUGGCUUGUCGUGCGGAUCACCGUCACAAGUACUGCAGUGGUUACAGCAGAUUACAGGCAUAGAAAUUGUGCUUGAUUUGGGUGCCCCUCCCGCAGGGCCGUCCACUGGAAUUGGGGUUGAUGGAAUGACUAUUUACGGCGUGUCAGAACAAAUUGAACAGGCACUGACGUCAAACCUGUCCAGCAGUUCACACCAGUCUUCACAGGUCAGUUCGCAAGAGGUGUCUCAACAAGAGGGAUUGUCGCCAAACAGGAUUCCCAACCCCAGCAACCAACAACACCUACAGACGUUCGUGAUAUUCACUACUGACUCUUAA